AAAAUCUCACGAAAUUUGGUUUCACAAAUGUGUCCUCAUCGUCUCAUCUCAGAUGAAUUUCGAGGUCGUCUCUCAUCUAAUAACGCCCAGCAAGAUUUAUAGCCCAUACGGUGGUCUGUCACUCACUGUAUCACAAUUUCCCUCUCUCUCCGUAUAUCACAACCAGAGUCGGAGUCGGAGUCAGUGGACUGAGACACAACAAAUGGCUUCAGCUAACGAAGGACAUAAGCAAGGUUCUGCUAAAAGAGUUGCUGUUGUUGGUGCUGGUGUUAGUGGCCUUGCAGCAGCAUACAAGUUGAAAUUACAUGGUUUGAAUGUCACAAUAUUUGAAGCUGAAGGGAGAGCUGGAGGGAAGUUAAGAAGCAUUUCACAAGAUGGUCUAAUAUGGGAUGAGGGGGCAAAUACAAUGACAGAGAGUGAGAUGGAGGUUGGAUAUUUGCUCGAUAAUCUUGAACUUCGUGGAAAGCAACAAUUUACACAUAGGUCAAACUUGUCCUUGAACCACAGGUUGUGCUGGUUUCACAUUCAUACUAGGAUGAGCCAAUUUCACAGAACAAGCGCUAUAUUGCAAGAAAUGGAGAACCUGUACUGUUCAAUAUGCCAGAUACCUUCGAAUCCCAUUGCACUGAUUAGAAGCAAUUUUCUCUCUACACAAUCAAAGUUUCAAAUAAUGUUAGAGCCAUUUCUGUGGAAGAAACGGAACUAUGCAAAGAUGUCUGAUGCAGAGGAAAGUGUAGGUGGAUUCUUUCAGCGUCAUUUUGGGAAAGAGGUGGUUGACUAUCUAAUUGACCCUUUCGUUGCGGGCACAUGUGCUGGGGAUCCUGAAUCACUCUCUAUGCCCCAUGCAUUUCCAGAGUUAUGGAACCUAGAGAAAGAGUUUGGUUCAAUCAUAUUUGGGGCAAUUCGAUCUAAAUUUUCUGCCAAAAGGGAAAAAAGUGGUGCACUGAACAGUUCAACAAAUAAAAAGCAUCAGCGUGGUUCAUUUUCAUUUUUGGGUGGAAUGCAGACUCUCACAGAUGCACUGUGCAAAGAUCUUGGCAAAGAUGAACUUAAACUCCAAUCAAGGGUGCUGGAAUUAUCUUAUGGCUGUGAGGAGAACUCUGUGUCAGAGUGUUGGUCAGUUUCUUAUGCUCCAAUACAUGACAAGCAGUCAGAAGAGCAAUCUUUCGACGCGGUAGUCAUGACGGCCCCUCUCUGUAAUGUUAAAGAGAUGAAGAUUACAAACAAAGGAAGUCCGUUUUUGCUUGACUUUCUCCCUGAGGUGAGUUAUCUGCCACUCUCUGUUAUAAUCACCACAUUCAAAAAGGAGAAUGUCAGGAGACCACUCGAGGGGUUCGGAGUUCUUGUUCCUGCUAAAGAGCAACAAAAUGGUUUGAAAACCCUGGGUACUCUCUUCUCUUCUAUGAUGUUUCCAGAUCGUGCACCUAGUGACUUGUAUCUUUAUACUACCUUUGUUGGGGGGAGUCGAAAUAAAGAACUGGCAAAAGCUUCAACGGACGAGUUGAAGCAGGUUGUAACUUCUGACCUUAGACAGUUGUUGGGUGCAGAGGGAGAACCAACAUUCAAAAAUCACUUCUUCUGGAGUAAAGCAUUUCCACUAUAUGGGCAUAACUACGAUGCAGUUUUACAAGCGAUUGAGAAGAUGGAAGUAAACCUACCUGGAUUUUUCUAUGCAGGUAACCAUAGAGGAGGAUUAUCUGUUGGCAAAGCGUUGUCAUCUGGUUGCAAAGCAGCUGACCUUGUAAUAUCAUAUCUGGAGUCUUCUUAUGAUGAUAAGUUGUCCGGGGAGAAACCUUGUUGAAGACAUGAGGUGGCCUUAUUGGUUACUACAUAGACCAUGCUCUACUUCUUGUUCUCAUUUUCCUCGACUUUGAAGCAUGGAAGAUUGGGUUUGUCGAUCAUGAUGCACAUGUAUCUGAUGUACUAGGAUUUCGAAUAAAAUUUUCAGGAUUUCCUUCUCAAGUUCAGACCACUAAUUUCCUCUACUAAUGAGACCCAGGUUUGCUCAUCACACAGACACCUCUGCUCAUUAUUUGCAAGAACUCAAAAGCCAAAAAUGAAAAUAUAGUUUCUGUAACACAGAUUGGGCUGUGACCCAUCAGUUGUCCUUCAAUCAUGGGUUGUAUCAGUAGAAUACUUGUGUAUGAGUUAGUUCUUGUUGAGUGAAUAAGGGUGUUGUCUGAUCAUUUUCAAUUAUUUUGUUAAACAACCUUUUUCUAUGAGUUCCUUAGGGUAUCCUGACAUCACUGCGCUGCUCUUGUCAUUGCACAUUUAGCUUGCUAUUAAGUUGAAAUUUAUUAUGUCCA